UUGCGUAGUGUGUAGGAAGUGUACGAUUUGAAAAAAGUGUCUGCUAACUCGGGCUAGCAGAGGGCUAGUCAGAUUCACAUUGUGGUGCAUAUAUUCCCGGAAGCAAUUAGGUAGAUACUGGGCCAUUCAAUCUUUUACAUUGGUCAGUAUUUUAGUAAGUGAAUGCGAUGGCAGCGAGAUAUGAUAGAGCUAUUACUGUAUUUUCUCCCGAUGGUCAUCUCUUUCAAGUGGAGUACGCCCAAGAGGCUGUCAAGAAAGGAUCCACGGCUGUCGGCAUAAGGGGUAAAGAUAUUGUUGUUCUGGGUGUUGAAAAAAAAUCUGUGGCAAAAUUGCAAGAGGAGAGGACAGUCCGCAAGAUCUGCGUGCUGGACGAACAUGUCUGCAUGGCCUUUGCAGGUCUGACUGCAGACGCACGCAUUGUCAUAAACAGGGCUCGAGUGGAGUGUCAGAGUCACAGACUGACUGUGGAAGACCCUGUCACAGUGGAAUACAUCACAAGAUAUAUUGCCACCCUUAAGCAGCGUUACACCCAGAGCAACGGGCGCAGACCGUUUGGAAUCUCUGCGUUGAUUGUGGGCUUUGAUUGUGAUGGGACUCCCAGACUCUACCAGACUGAUCCGUCAGGCACCUACCACGCGUGGAAGGCCAAUGCCAUUGGUCGUAGUGCGAAAACUGUGAGGGAAUUCCUAGAGAAGAAUUACACGGAGGAGGCCAUUACUGGUGACAACGAGGCCAUCAAACUGGCUAUUAAAGCUUUACUGGAGGUGGUGCAGUCAGGUGGAAAGAACAUUGAGCUGGCUGUCAUUAGGAGAAAUCAACCACUGAAGAUUUUGGAGUCAAAAGAGAUUGAAACGUUGGUGGCAGAGAUUGAGAAAGAGAAAGAAGAGGAGGCGGAGAAGAAAAAACAGAAGAAGUCCUCUUGAAGCCCCUGUACUUCCUCUCCUGAAGCCCCUGUACUUCCUCUCUUGAAGCCCCUGUACUUCCUCUCUUGAAGCCCCUGUACUUCCUCUCUUGAAGCCCCUGUACUUCCUCUCCUUAUCCUGAUGUUUACAUUUUUUUCCACAAGGAUGGACCUAGAUGCUAGCUAUUUAUUUUCAACAUGUAAUGGUCUUAACAGUAAUGUAACAGACUGAGGUUGUCGGCCUUUUUGUGUAAUAAAAACAUCUGUUCAACAUG